UCUGCUGUCCUGGACUUGAGAAGCGCAGUGAAGAAUGUUGUUUUGCCCGAGCCGGAGCGCUCAGCGAGCCCGGGCCUCCCUCCUCCUUCCCGGGGUCUUGAUCUGCGUAAUCCUCGCCGCCGUCGGUGCGAGUAUACCGGCAAACAAGUGCCCCAAUCACAUAGACUGUGCCAGAAAGGGGCGGCACUUUUGCAAGCCUGGCUCCUCCUGCUGUGGCCCCUGCCUCUCCCCAUUGGAGGAAAAUGAAGCGGGACAUUGUGUUGCUCACAGGACACACUUUACCCAGCACCACCGCCAAGCCUCUCAUCCUGACGUCGAUGAAGAAAUCGACUAUCUGUCCUCUGUUAUUGCCAAGCAGCAAAUGUCAGAAGUCAAACAACCAGACUCUCGCUCACAGUAUUCUCUGCAAUCAGAAUCGAAACCCACAAAUGUAGAGCCAACGACCAGCGGCCCAUCCACACCAACACACCAGACCCCUAAAUCUCCCCAGCCGGUCACAAACUCGUCCAACCGCCACGGGCCGAUCAUCUCCCCCCACUCCUCCAGAGAUAGCCUGCUAGUCUUGAUGAUCUCUCUAUGCAUUAUUGUGGGGUCCGCGGCGCUCAUCAUCGCUGCUGUCUGCUGGGUCCGGUUACAGAGAGAAAGUCAUCUGGCUCAGAAAGUUGAUUACCCUGCGUUUCAUGCUGAAGGCUCCAAUCAUAAUCAUACUUCAUCUGGGGAUAAAACGCUGGCUCACAGUGCUCAGAUGUAUCACUACCAGCAUCAGAAACAACAGAUGCUCUCAAUGGAGAAACAUAAAGCAGAACCUAAAGUCUCAGAGUCUGGGGCCACAUCAGAUGAGGAGAAUGAAGUGGGAGAUUUCACUGUGUACGAGUGCCCUGGUCUGGCACCGACUGGAGAGAUGGAGGUGAAAAACCCACUGUUUGACGACUCCACCUUACACUCCCAGAGAAAUCACAAAUGACCUGGACACACACACACACACACACACACACCCGCAUACUUUUAAAAUAGGUCUAACACACCUAAAAGCAUUCCUCCAUAGGGUGACGCUGCAUCUGUUACACCACACACAAAUGAAAAAAAUGAAUAUGACUUUGUUUUUCCUGGAAAAUCUGUGCUCAGAACGAAGUGAGAAAGACACCCCAACUCUAAAGAUACUGAAGAAGGUGUGGUGUGUAGUCAAUAAGGUGAAUAAAAGUGAAAGGCAGCGGUGGUUAAAAGGUUUUUCUUUUACUCAGAUGCGCAUGUAUCGAAUCUAAAAAGAACUCUUGCACCGCAAACUCUGUGGAGACUCAGACCGGCCUUUUAAUGCGGUUUCUUUACACCACAUCUUUAGUUUUGAAGUCUGGGGUUUGUUUUCACUCACUAGCUUUUUAUGUCACCUCCCUUUUAAAAUCAUUUCUCUUUAGGGUCUUGUUAGGAAUCUUUAUAAGCAUCUUUUUCAGCUAGAUGUAAUUUUUUAACAAGUCUUCAUGUUUUUGGGCAAAGCUGCCUCCAAAAGCACCUCUUAUUAUUGUGUGUAAGAAAUACACAGUGCUCUCUCACACAUUUACUUGUGUUAUUUGUCUCUUCUCAUCUGAGUAUUAUUUUCUUGUUGUCAACUUUAUCAAUGCUGAUCAAAAACAACAAUAUAUUCUCUCUUUUUUUUCAGAUUAAGAGUAGUUCUAUUUCAUUCAUUACAUUAGUUAUUUUUCCUAUGUAUGUUCUUUAAUAUGAAGUCUCUUUCUCCCUCUCUUUAUUUUUUUUCUUUGUAUACCUCAGUAAAUAUCAUAUCCAUUUUAUCUAAUGAUAUAAUGGCUGUGUCAGGAAAUGAAAUACUAGUUAGACUGAAACGGAGAGAUGUUGAGGGUUCUGUGCUCAAAUCACUUUAGUGUAAAUAAAUGAAUAAAGAAAUAAACUUAAAUGUAUUAUAUAGUACUUCCUUGAAGUGUAUGAGUGAUUGCAAUCACACUUUUGCAUACAUCGGCUGUCAUGAUUCAAGAUCUGCUGUUAUUAUACUAUUAAUACACUAAAAUACUGUCUUGUUUGGAUUAGUUUAUUCAUUUAUUUAAAUUUUUUGUCAAAUAUAAUCAGUAGACAUCAUUCAAAAGUUUGGGGUUAUUAAAUAUGUCUCUUAUGCUUGCCAAGGCUUCAUUUAUUUGAUCAGAAAUAUAGUAAAAACAGUAAUAUUGUAAAAUAUUAUUUCUAUUUAAAAUAAAUGUUUUCUAGUUUAAUAUAUUUUAAAAUGUUACUACAUUACUAUAGUUUUCAGUGUCCCCCAUAAAUUCUAAUAUGCAGAUUUUUAUUAUAAAUAUUGAAUAUGUGCUGCUUUUUUGUAGAAACUGAUACUUUUUCAGAAUUCUUUGAUGUUCUGAAAGUUCAAAUGAAAAUAAUUUGUUUAAAAUGUAUCUCUUUUUUUA